UGUCACAAAUACCUGGGAACUCUGGUGAUAUGCUUCGAUCGGACAGUAUUUACUCUGACUCUCGCCAUUCACGGCUUGCGCGCUCCAAGAAUAGCCGCCGCUUAAACCGCCGGGAAGGAAGUGACAUGCUUCCUUCCACUCACUACACACACUUGGAGAGAUUAGCGCGCAGGCAGCGGUAAUCUGGUUUCAGGACCACGGCCAGAGACGCCGCCCCGGGCCAUGACUCCUGUGGAAAGUUGUCCCCUGCUCCUCCUGGACAUCACCGGACACCGGAGAGUGUGAGGAAAGUUCAUUUAGGACACCGAGGAGGAAAGCAAAGGGCAAAGGGGCACUGACCAUGUGGAGGACGUUUGUGGAAAAUCAGAGUUGCUGACUGCAGCUCCAGGAAACUGCGAGGGUUAAGGAGGCUGGUGAUCAAGUAAAAUCAAGUUUCUUUGUUUUUUUGGUUUUUUUUUGUAUGUGAGAGUGAGAGACACGAGGCGGAGGGAGCAGGAGAGGAGGAGGAGAAGCCUGUGCGCUCGGGCGGGAGCGCGCAAAGACUGCACCUUGGUCGGAACCUGGAGUCGUGAGGAUGGAGAUCCGGCCGGACAGGUUUAAGGCCGUGGCAGCCAAGACUCUCGGGAAAAUAUACGGAGCUCUCGAGAAGAAGCAGGAAAAUGGCGAGACCAUUGAGCUGUCGGCGGAGGGCCGGCCAGAGAUUGUGGAGGAGAAGGAGAUGCCGGUGGUGGACUGCACGUGCUUCGGCCUGCCCAGGCGCUACAUCAUCGCCAUCCUCUCCGGUAUUGGCUUCUGCAUCUCCUUUGGAAUCCGGUGUAACUUGGGUGUGGCCAUCGUCAGCAUGGUCAACAGCCACAAGAUCUACAAAGACAACAAGGAGGUCAUAGUGGAACCUCAAUUUGACUGGGACCCAGAGACAGUGGGAAUGAUCCACGGCUCCUUCUUCUGGGGAUACAUCGUAACUCAGAUUCCAGGAGGAUUCAUCUGUCAAAAGUUUGCAGCAAACAGAGUGUUUGGCUUCGCCAUAGUAGCCACAUCAUGCCUGAACAUGCUCAUCCCCGCGGCCGCCCGGAUGCACUUUGGCUGCGUGAUCAUCGUCAGGAUAUUUCAAGGACUUGUAGAGGGUGUUUCAUAUCCUGCCUGUCACGGUAUUUGGGCAAAAUGGGCACCACCUCUCGAAAGGAGUCGCCUGGCCACAACAGCGUUUUGUGGUUCUUAUGCUGGUGCUGUGAUUGCCAUGCCGUUAGCUGGAAUCCUGGUCCAGUACUCAGGAUGGUCCUCGGUCUUCUACGUCUACGGAACUUUUGGGAUCAUGUGGUACUGUUUCUGGACCCUGGUGUCUUAUGAAAGUCCAGCAGCUCAUCCCACCAUCACUACCGAGGAGAGGACAUAUAUCGAGGAGAGCAUAGGAGAGACUGCCCAACACACAGUAACGAAAUUUAACACCCCAUGGAGGGCCUUCUUCACGUCCAUGCCAGUGUACGCCAUCAUCGUGGCUAAUUUCUGCAGAAGCUGGACUUUCUACUUGCUUCUCAUCAGCCAGCCCGCGUACUUCGAGGAGGUGUUUGGGUUCGAGAUUAGCAAGGUGGGCAUAGUUUCUGCACUUCCCCAUCUGGUUAUGACCAUCAUCGUGCCCAUUGGCGGCCAGCUUGCUGACUAUAUGCGCACGAACCACAUCAUGAGCACCACUAACGUCAGGAAACUUAUGAACUGUGGAGGGUUUGGGAUGGAGGCAACUCUGCUGCUGGUGGUGGGCUUCUCUCAUACUAAAGCUGUUGCCAUCACAUUCCUGGUCCUGGCUGUGGGUUUCUCUGGCUUUGCCAUUUCAGGUUUCAAUGUCAACCACCUGGACAUUGCACCACGAUAUGCCAGUAUCCUCAUGGGUAUCUCCAACGGUGUGGGCACCUUGUCUGGUAUGGUUUGCCCACUUAUAGUUGGUGCCAUGACAAAGCACAAGACUCGAGAGGAGUGGCAGGGCGUGUUCCUUAUUGCCUCACUUGUACAUUACGGAGGUGUUAUAUUCUAUGGACUCUUUGCAUCCGGAGAGAAGCAGGCUUGGGCCGAGCCGGAGCAGCUGAGCGACGAUAAAUGUGGCAUCCUGGACGAGGAUGAGCUCGCGAACGAGACGGAGGAGCUGUAUCGCACAAGCGGCGGGGCAGGCUACGGAGCCAUGAACCAAGGUGCGGAUCCUAAUGGAGGCGGUGGCAUUGCAGGAGGAGGAGGAGGAGGCUGGGUCUCAGACUGGGACAAAACUGAGGAGUAUGUACAACCAGCCGGGGCCAAUAAUUACCUUUAUGGAGGAGAGGGGGACCGGGAGUUAACAUAAAACCAGCAGGUCCUCUGCACACAGCCUGUAGUGAGGCAGAAACUGUGCAUCGGCCGUGUCGCGUCUCACCGGAUGACUUUAAAAGUGCGGAUUUAAAACGGAAGCCGGGAAGGACGAUUCUCAGCAAGUCUGACUAUAUUAAUACAACUGAACUGAAUUCAAAGAGACUGCACAGUGGAGGUGAAGAAAAUUAGUAGAUGUAAAAUGUGUGUUUGUGAUUGCAAUUGUGUACCUUGUGUGACAGACACUUUAAGUAGGAGAGUAGUAGGACCUGUCAGGCUCCCUGUGAUAUCUGUUGGAGACGGGCUGUGUUUUAGGCCUGGUGUGGCUUUUCGUUGACGUGUAUCCAUUGUAAUAAUUAUAGACCUUUAUAUAAGAAUUGACAGGACAUUAGCAACCCUCUCAUUAAAGUCAUUCCGAAUCUCUAGGCGCACAUUGGUCACAAGCGCAUCUGUUGAUGGAUGAAAACUUACUGAGUUGUGGAGUUUCUGCAACCCAUAGCCGUGUAUGUACUGUACCUCCACUGAAGUUAAAGUUUUGUCUCUAAUGUGCACACUUUUAAGAAAAAGCAUUUUCCUUGUGCCAAUACAACUAAAUAUGUUUGCUCUCUAGUAUUAAUUUACUUAUCCACUGAGAAGGUAAUGGAACAUCUGCAAAUAUUACUGUUUUCUGUUGAUAGCUUCAAUACGGAUUAUUUCUAGAUGCAGAAGUUUGAAUUCCUCGUGAAAAAAAAUGUUUUAUGUACCAGGCCUCUAACCUGUCUGCCUGUUCACAAACUGGGGAAUAAAAAAUGUCUCAUACAGGACUGCAGGUGAAUCCGGGGUAAAAACAAUCCUUUAUUAAAUUGAUAUCUUAGGCUACAUCCUCACUAUGACGUUUUUGUUUGAAAAUACAUCAACUCUGCUAAUGAUACGCCUGGCAUCCACACUACUCGUCAGGCUGCUAUCAGAUGACCCUCCUUCUGGAAGAAAACAACCAGCAUUUGCCUCGGCUAUCAGAGUAGAAUGAGACAUAGAUUAUCAAUUACAAAUGUUGCUGACCCUGUUAGUUGCAAUUAAAUUCUGGAUAUUACAACGAUACAAACUGCACUAGAUGAUGUAAACUGCUUACAUGCGUAUUAUUAGGUAUUAUUCAAGCGAUGUCGUUUGUAGCCUAGCUCGUUCUGCAACUAACAACCAAAUGUGUACGUGAGUGGUCACGUCAUAUGUGUUUUCAGGCAUGUUAGAAGGGACGGGGAUUAAAGCUGAUUCGGAGCCAAAAUCCUCAUGUGGACAUAAAUAUUUUUUUGUUUGAAAAACGCCAUUUGAAACAAAAACCCUAGUCGUGUGGAUUUAGCCUUAGAUGAGGUCCUUUAAAAACUGUUUUCUCAAAAAUGCUUCUCAUGUAACAUAUUCUUCAUCCAUAUUAUUCUAUUGUGUCUUUGUUGUGUUCAGGCUCUUCAUGCUCUAAGUGUUAACAUAUUCUCUUUCAGGCAAGACACUGCUGCCACAGUAUUAAUAACCCUAAGAACCCCAGCACAUGCCGGUCUCUCACAGCAGUGAGCCGAGGCAGUCGUGUGGUGCCGCUUAUGUAGCAUACAUCAAAAUUAACGAGCAAAGUUAGAAGGGGGACGUUUUGCUUUGCUUAAAUCUAUAGUGCAGCAGUCUGAGGAUAUGUGAAAAUGAUCUGUGAAUUUAAGGCCAAUUAAACAUAAGAGGCUGAUAAAGGACAACUUAACAUUUCACAGUACAUGAGCAAUUUCUUGAAUUUUUCUUAGCCGAUGUACGAUGUAUUUAGCUAUAACCCCAAAGUUAGGGUAUAAUAUAUCCCUGUGUUAGACUGUGAGAUGGUAACUGGCUGUUACUGUUUCAUGAAUUGAGUUCACUGAUUAUAUAUUGAAUAAAUGUUAGGGUUUUUACAGUUUUUUGUCAUUUUUUUCAUUAAUUUAUUGUUUCAUGUUUUGUUCUGGAUUGUUAACUCAAAUUGUAAAUGUAAAAAAAAUCCUGUACAUGUGAAAAAUUGUAUAAUAAAACCUAGAGGGGAUGAUUCCUGUACACUAA